AUGCUAAACCUACCUACACCGCCAACCAAAUUUGCAAAGUACAAGAAAGAGCUCCUAAGUCACACUGAGGCUGUUGCCAAGGAGUCAAUGAAGCGGGCUGCUGAAGAGGCUGUGCAGCUGAAUGAUGGCGACAAGGACAUCGCAGUCGCCCUUGAUGGAAGCUGGCAAAAGCGUGGCCACACGUCUAACAAUGGUAUAGUUUCUGCGACCAGUGUAGACUCCGGGAAAGUGUUGGAUGUGGAAGCGAUGUCAAAGCGCUGUGCAAAAUGCGGCAACAAGAAUGCAUCCAGCGACCCUCGGCACAAAGAGGUGUGCCAAGGCAACUACCAAGGCACCAGUGGUGGAAUGGAAGUCACAGGAGCCCUGAACAUUUUCUGCAGGAGUGAGGAACUCCAUGGCGUGCGAUACGUCAAGUAUCUUGGGGACGGUGACAGUAAGGCCUUUUUGGCUGUGAAGGCAAAAAAGCCGUACGGUGAUUCUGUUGAAAUCUCGAAGCUGGAGUGCAUAGGACACGUCCAGAAAAGGAUGGGCACGAGAUUACGAAGGCUAAAAAAGGAAAACAAAGCAGGAAAGCUGUCAGAUGGAAAGGGCCUUUCUGGCCGAGGAAGACUGACUGAUGCAGUGAUAGACAAACUGCAAACAUACUUUGGGUUGGCCAUCAGAAGGAACGUAGGAAACCUUGAAGAAAUGCGAAAGGCUGUUUGGGCAACCUACUUCCACUUACUAUCUACGGACAACGACCCAUGCCAUGGACUUUGUCCAAAGGGCCCCGAUACCUGGUGUGCCUUCAACAAAAGUCUGUCAGAGGGCAAGCCGUUCGUCCACAAGGAGAACUUGCCUGCACCUGUCCUGGAGGCAAUCAAACCCGUGUAUCGGCAGCUUUCGCAGGCUGAGCUCCUGGAGAAAUGCCUACAUGGGCGAACCCAAAAUGCGAAUGAGUCAUUUAACCAUGUUGUUUGGGAACGCGCGCCAAAGAAUGUCUUCGUUGGGCUACAGACUCUAAGGAUGGCAACAUUUGAUGCUGUUAUUACAUUCAAUGAUGGUAGCAUCGCACGAGCCAGCGUUUUGAAGUCCUGUGGACUGAACCCUGGGCGCAACACCAUCAAGUGGCUGAUGGAAGUUGACCGCACUAGAAUCUACUUUGCG